GUUUCGAUAUGCAAGUUUGUUGCCCAUUGAAUUUCGAAACGGAAUACGCCUAAUAUUGAAAGUGGUUCUAAAUCGGAUGUCAAGUUUGUUUUCUGCAGCGACUUGCUGUCGAUAGCACGAUGAGAUGUUGCGGGCUUGAUUUUUGCACUUCUUUUUUUUUUACCUAUUGAAGAUUUCACUUGUUUUGCUUGCCAUACAGCAUUUAAAGCUGUCAGCUUUGGAUUUCUUUGAAGUUACCCAUUAUUGAGGUUCACACUCGAUUUUGAUUGCCGGUCAUCAUUUAAACCUGUAACUUUGCAUUUAAAGGAGAUCAAUGGGCCUUGACCGUGAGCUGUUCGAGGGGGAAGUGGCCGAGGAAUUCCUGUGCGGCAUCUGUCACCAAGUGCUGCUCAACCCCGUAACUGCCGGCUGCUUCCACAUGUUUUGUCAGGCAUGCGUCAUCCGCAAGAUGAAGUCACGAGUGACGAAGCCGGUGUGUCCUGUAUGUAGCGCCGCCUUGAGUCUUAACAUGACAGACACGCCAAUUGAGUUCAAGCUGAAGCUGCUCAACCUGAGCACCCAGUGCUCGCACAACUGCGGAGACGCGUUCGUAUUGGCGGAACUCCCCGACCACAUGGACGUCUGCCCAAAUGCGCCGGUCCAGUGCCACUUCACUGCCCAGGGCUGCCCACGCAAAGUGAAGCGCUGCGACCUGAGGAAACACCUACAUGAAUGCGACUUCCGGGAGGUGGAGUGUGAGGCGUGCGGCUUCCGGACUCUUUACAGGGAGCUCUUUACCCAUCAGAGUCGGGUCCGAUGUCUAGAAAAGAAGCUGAAACAGCAAAUUAUUCGCGAGCGAAAAGCGUCGUCCAGAGAGAUUAUACGUCAUAGAGAAAAACUUGUAAAAGAACAUGCAAAAUUUGACCAGCAGCAAAGGAAAAGGAUUUUAAGCCACGCUAAAUCCCAGGCAAGCCGGAAGUCUGAGAGGCAGACUACCGCUGGUAGUGAAUGUGGCGACAGUGAGUUUGACUUUGCGACGACACAGGAAUCGGUGUUCCUGACGGAGGAUGUUAUCAACCGGCACAACCAGCAGCGGCAUCACUCCGAGGAGGCCAAACGCAUGGAAGUCUCCAGACAGUUAACGAAGACACCCCACAGCUCGCGUUCUGGGUUCGCCUCCAACAUGUGUUCCCAGUGUAACCGGAAGUUCAUUCCACAGCAGAACACACAAGCUGCCUGCAGAUGGCAUGUAGGGGUAGGUACCAGUCGAGAACUGUAUUUUCGAUAUUCCUAUGUACUAAUUAAGUAAAAAAACAUUGACAUGUGUAUUUUUUCAUAAUAAUGAAACUUAGAAAAAGUAUAAACGUUUCAAUUCUUGUAACUCCAAAUUGCCGAAACUGGCUUUGAAGCUUAGUACUUUGGUGGACACCAAUCUGUGGUGGCUUGGGGCAAACACCAACAAGUGUUGCCGUGGAACAUAUAAUUGUUUAAUAUCUACGCUUUGCGGUA